AUGUGCACAUCCCUUGCUGCCGCCGUUUCCACUGGCGAGACCACUGCUUGGGAGAGUACUGUCGACACGGAGGAUGAGGCGCGAACAGAGAACGCGGUUACAUUAGGGGAUAGCGACGCUACAGACGAAGAGGACGAGAACUACAACGGACCCCAUGCCGAUGUGGAGGAUGAUGCACGAACAGAGAACAUGGUUACAGAAGAGGACGGCGACGCUGCAGGGGAAGAUGACAAGAACUACAACGGAUUAAAUCGGAGCAGUACCCUCAAGAGGAAACGGGGACAGAGUAGCCGUUCGGGAGUCGCCAUGCGUGUUUCAACCAUCCAACGUUCCGGAAGAGUCCGGCAGGAAAUGAGACUUGGAGUGUGA